UCUGCAGGGUAGGUUCAGGGAGGCUGCCUCUCCGCUUUUGCUAAACUCUUCUAAAGUCCUUCAAGUCCUUAUUAGUCCAGCUGGCCAGGGAAGUUUGAAGGAGGGGGUGGGGUGGGAAAGGAAGCCCAGAAAAGGCAAGUGAAAGAUAAACGGGGAGGUGAGGUUUCCUGGAGGGGCAGUUCUCGCCACCCUUCCUGCUCAGCCUCUGGCCGGUCCUGUCCUCCGGCUUAGCCCGGCCGACCCCGCAAUGGACCCCAUGUCCGAACACAGACUGAACCCCGUGCCUGAGGAGAAACCCUGCUGCAACCUCUCCAAGAAUGCCAAGAACUGUGUCGGCAUUCUCUGCGUCGUGGUUGUGGUGACGAUCGUCGCGGUGGUGGUAGGAGUUCUGAAAUGGGGCCAGGCGCGCAAGCACAAGGAGUGGAACGGGAAGGGCACCACACCCCAUUUUCCCGAGAUCGUUCUGGGAAGAUGCUACACCUACACUCAAGUCAAGCGGCCGGAGCUGAGCAAUAAAGACUGCCAAGAGAUAGCGAAGGUGUUCCAGAAAGCGUUUCUUUCCAAGGACCCCUGUCUUUCUGUGGAACAAGACUACCAGCCACUGAUGGAGCUGACCCGUCAAGCCAUACCCUGCAGCAAGUCUCUCUUUUGGAGCAAGUCCAAUGAGCUGGCGCAUCAGUACACACGGAUCCAGCAGGAGAUGUUCACGCUGGAGGACUCGCUGCUGGGUUACAUCGCCGACGGCCUCACGUGGUGCGGAGACGCGGGCUCCUCUGAAAUGAACUAUCAGUCUUGUCCACACUGGAGGAAAGACUGCCUCAACAACACUGUUUCUGUUUUCUGGGACACGGUGUCCAGGCAGUUUGCAGAAAAUGCCUGUGGUGUGGUCCAGGUGGUGCUCAAUGGGUCCCACAGUAACACCUUUGAUAAAAACAGCACUUUUGGACGCGUGGAAGUCCAUAAUUUGCAAGCAGAGAAGGUUCCUACACUGCAAGCCUGGGUGAUGCAUGACCUUGAAGGAGCUCACAGACACACAUGCUCGAGUUCCCUCAUCAAUGAUCUGAAAGUGAUUCUAAGCACAAGGAACAUUUCAUUUACCUGUGAGGACAACUACAGGCCUAUCAGGUUACUCCAGUGCGUGAAAAAUCCUGAGCAUUCAUUUUGCAGUUCUGUCAAAUGAGCCAUCGGCACGGUGGUUCCGGAUCUUUGAGCCCUCGCAGCGUACGUGGCCGUGUGUGACGCGGGAGAUGUGCUGGUGGAAGGCUGGGGAUCUGGGGGAUCCUCUGUCAUCAUGUCAACACCGGAGAUGGAAGACUUCCCUCGCCCCCAAAGUCUUAAAAUAACUUGUGUUACCAGAGUAGUUUUUAUUUUGAUCUCUUAACAUUCAAGAAAAGAGUAAUUAUAAUGUAAAAUUAAAAUGUAAAUUUUAUUUCAGUUUUUAAAAAAUAUAUAAGAGUUUAUUUCAACCCUGAUGAUAUAUGUUGGGGAGCAAGAUCUCAAAUACUCUCUUAAGUUCUGUCAUUUUCACGUGAUGCUUUUGUGUUGUUUAUAUGUUGGUAACAUCCUUUCUUUUGAAGAAUGAUCACACCAGUCCUCUCUUAUUGGAACAUGUAAGGAAAGAAACACAGAUGCCUAAGCUUUUCAGACAACGUUACAUUUCCAAAUGAAUGACCUUGUCUCAAGAUAAAUUGUCCCCCCCUCUUUACAGAUAAACUACCAUGCUAUGGUUAUGGAGCAUGUUGGGGAAAAUAUCCUGGAGGAUAUAAGCUACUCAUGUGCUUGGUUCUUUACCUCUAACCCUUCUACUAGCUCCAAGAGGUUGAUAUUAUUAUCUCUCAUCUGUGAGAGGAAAAAACAGAAGAGAGGUUAUGUAACUCACCUAAAGUCAUACACUGAGUUCAAGGUAGAGGCCAAUUUGAACUCAGCUUUGUCUGACUCCAAACUACAUGCGCCUUCCCUUUCUAGGCCUAUAAUACUAAAUGGAAGUGCCUUAUGUUCUCUCUUAGUAAAUGCAUGUUAUAUUAAAUUGAAUAAAACAGAAUCUGGAAUGUAAUUUUUCUGGAUGGCUUCAAAACUGUUAACAGUUUUUCCUCCUCUUCCUUUUCCUCCGGCUCCUCAUGCUCCUCGUGUCUUACAUAUGUGGUAGGCAGUUAAAUUGUGUAUUGUUUCUGGUGCUGGCAGUUCAG